AAUUAAAUGUACUUUUCUCAGGGAAGGGUCGACUUUUGCGUUAUUAUGCAAAUAAGGUGUGGUACAGUGAAUGAUAGCUAAACGACCAGUCGUGCAUUUGAAUUUGGUGUAGUUUUUAGUAGAAAUAUCUACGAAUAUACAAGUAAAUAUAACCAAGCAAAGGGUAUACGUAGUAUAGAGAACGCAGAAACAACUGAGUGUUGCCGGUUAGAAGUGCACGUGGUGUCUGUUAAGGAGGGAGGACAAGGGAAGGCAUAGCACCGACCAUGCCAGAGAGGGAAAGACAGACCGGCAAAAGAUACUGGACUGUUGCGUAGUGAAAGAGGAUCAGAGCCAAGAGACGCUCUCAGGACAGCUUUGAGAAAGCACGGUGAUACGAGCAGUUGCGAUUUAGCACGAGUGCACGCGUCGAUUGUCGUUUAGUCGUCGUCGCGUGUGGUUCAUCAGCUCAGAAAAAAGACAAUAAAGGUGUCAGUUGUGAUUGAAUAACUCGUAAAUGUAACACAACCAGUCCACUUCGUUCCAUUUUUUUGUAUGAGAUGUUGGACCAGAAACUUUGUUUUGAAAAACAUAAAUACAAUUUUGGUUUAUUUGAAAAAGUUGUUGGUGAUUAAGGCCGAGUUUUAGAAUUUUAGGAAAUGGCAAGACAAAAGACUUGCAGAAUUUUUUGGUACUCCUGCUUCACACUACAACUGGGUAAUCGUUAGAAUUAUAACAAGAUCCAAUUGACCGCAUUGAAAUAAGGAAGAAGCAAUUUGGAGUAAAACAAGAAGAAGAACCAUGUCAUUCUCUAAUCGAUUCCCUCCCAGCCAACAUACAAGAUAUAGAAGCAGUUGGGGUCCAUCAUCCGUAUCAGCUUUUACUCGUGCCGACAUACCAAGACCUUCACCUGAAGAAGAAGAAUUUGAAUUUUAUCAUGAACGUAUUCACUCCGCCCAGAGUCGUCAGCUGAUCCCGCUUCAGGAGGAUUUAGCCGAUUGGAUCAACAAGACGAUAAAUGUCGAUCACAUUACUGGAGAAAAUUUUUUCGACAUUUUAGAUAAUGGAGUUAUAGUUUGCAGACUGGCUCGAGUAAUACAAGAAAAAGCUCGAACUGCAGUUGAUUCUGGACGAGUGAAAGGGCCUGCACCAGUGAUUCGUGGACGUUGCUGGGAAAAUGCAGCACGACGGAGUUUUUUUUCACGAGAUAAUAUUGCGAACUUCAUUCAAUUCUGUCGACGGUUGGGAGUUCAUGAAAAUUUACUCUUCGAAAGCGAUGAUCUAGUUCUUCAUGGACAACCACGGAAUGUGGUUUUGUGUCUGUUGGAGGUAGCUCGAUUAGCAUCCAAAUAUUCAUUGGAACCCCCGGGAUUAGUUCAACUAGAACGAGAGAUUGCAGAAGAGGAGAGAGAUUUGCAUUGCAUGUCUGAUAGUGGAAUAUCACACAGCAGUUUAGUCUCUUGGCAAUUCCAACCACCAUCGCCUGUCUCUUCAUUGAAACCUCAAGUUGAGAAAAUCAAACAUAGCAGUUCAGCAUCAGAAGUCACGUCUGCUACACUAUGGCUAGAUCCGUCACCAACCACACCUCACGAGUCCGAAAUGCGUCGAUCUGUGAGCGACAAUGGACCGACUGGAAGUGAUGGUGUGCCAAGUGAUACUACUGAAGAUGAUUGGUCUCGAGGAAGUGCUGAAGAUCCUGAUGAACUUCCUAGUCCCUCAAGUUCUCCAUCACCAGCUGAGCCACCAGAGCAUGUUGGACCAGUUACAGAGCUUGAUAGGAAGGUACGGCGAGCUGCUGAAGCUCUUCAAAGACUUUGUCAGUGUUCAUCGGAGAAAUGUUCAAAGUUGAAAGUACGCAAAGUCGGUGAGGGACGCUAUCAUAUUGCUGGCCGCAAUGUCUUCAUCAGGCUUCUGAAAGGAAGACACAUGAUGGUAAGGGUUGGCGGCGGGUGGGAUACUUUAGAACACUUCUUGUCAAGACAUGACCCCUGUCAGGUGAGGGUCCUCAGCCGAGAAAGUACACCACCACCUCACAGCAAUGGAAAGCAUGGCAAUUUUCUACACAUUCGAGCCAAAUAUCGCAGUCCACCUUCAGAAUCCAUUUCUCAACGCUAAAUUCUACAAGUGCACAGUGCCUAUAAUCCCACUUACGAGAAUUACCUAGAAUCAAAAUUUGUUAGAAAUUAAUUCUAAAAGAUUCAUGCUCACAUUCUCGUACAGCAUUUUUACACGUCCAUUUUCACUUAGCCUCAAUCACUGCCUACUAUCUAAUAAUAUUUAUAUAUUCGUACGAUAUAUACAUAUAUUUGAAUCAAGCAGAUGGCACUGUUAUAAUUGAUAUUCACCGUAAUGCUAUUUUUCAUACCACUUUUGAUAAAAAUUAAUUAAUAUCAAGGUAGCAUAUAUACCAUUAUUAAAAUAGUCAUGAUGGUAGUAGUGAGAAAUCAAUCAUUGUUCGACGAGUAAGAAAAAAUUUUCACUUGAUAGCAAUAUUAUAAUAACAAUUUUUCAAUAACAUUCAUGUGUCUUAAUCAUCAUUCAAUAUCAAUCGUUCUAUAUUUUUACGAUCAGCACCUUAAAAAUUAAAAGCAUGAUGAUAAAUUAUCAGCCAAGUUGAAUAUUAUUCAGGAAUAAUAUUUAACCUCAUUUCUAAGGAUAAGAAGUUCUGUAUUAUCAUACAUUGUAUGAUGGUAAUUAGAAAUAUGCAUAAUCAUUAAACAAUUAAUACAUGUAUCUUCCUUAGUAUGUAUGUAGAUCAUCGCUUGGUAUUGUUAAUGACAAUUGUCUAAUCUAUCUUUUGUACUUUUAUAUAAAUCAUUAGAUUAGCCUUUUUGGAUAUACAAAAGUACAUACUUAUUCAAAUUUCAGAAGUGCAAGAAUAGAAUGAAUAAGGAAAAACCGAAACGGAGGAAUUUACGACGAGUUAUGUCAGCACGUUGAGAAUACCACAUUGUAAUUAAAAUUUUUUACGUUAAAAAUUUAUUAAUGAUUUAAUAAUUAGUAUUUUUCAGUGAUUUAGCCAUUAAAUUAUUAAUAAUUCUAUAACUUAUUUCAUUGCUUUGAAGUAAACUUGCAAUAAUGUAUGAAUAUUUAUGUGGAUAGAAAAAGUUUUAGGAGUGCUAUGUUAAUAUUUAAUAAGUUAUCAUUAUCUUGUAUAUUGCACUUUAUUAAUAAAAAAAAUUGUCGUUUUAAUUAUAAGUGAAAAAUAUUGCUUUAUAGUAAUUAAUAGUUUUACUUUUAUAAUC